AUGCAAAGAACCGCAUACACCGUCUUAAAUGAUUGGACAAACAGGACCGUGUUAUUGAUUGUACGGCGAAGCUCAAAAGGCAGAGCGUCCCUAUGUAGCUCACGUGAUUACAGUGUGGUUCCUCCACCACGUGACAGUACAGAGAAGGAGAUGCUUGAUCGGAUUCUGCGUGUGGACCACGCGGGUGAAUAUGGUGCCAAUCGUAUAUACGCCGGCCAGAUGGCAGUCUUGGGCAGGUCUAGUACUGGAGUUCUCAUUCAGGAAAUGUGGGAUCAAGAAAAAAAACACCUUAAAAAAUUUGAUGAAAUACUUGCUGAAAGCAGAGUCCGUCCCACGGCACUGCUGCCACUUUGGAACAUUGCUGGCUUUUUACUAGGGGCAUCUACUGCUGUGUUGGGCAAAGAGGCGGCCAUGGCCUGCACUGUGGCAGUGGAGGAGAGCAUCUCUGAACAUUACAACAGCCAGAUACGAACACUGAUGGAGAAAGAUCCUGACAGAUAUACCGAACUAUUACAAGUUAUAAAAGAGUUCAGAGAUGAUGAGAUGGAACAUCACGACAUAGGAUUGGAAAAUGAUGCUGAAUCAGUACCCGGAUACUGGCUACUUAAAAAUGCCAUCCAGCUUGGGUGCAAAGCUGCAAUUUAUGCUUCUCAACGUGUGUAA